UCUCUCUCUCCUCUCUCUCUCUCUCUAGUGGUCACAUUUUCACAUACGACAUAGACUCCUGCCUUGCCUGCUCUCAACUUCUCCUCACUCUAAAAGACUUUCGACUUUACUCGGUCUACUCUCUCUAUUUUCUGCCGAUUCUCUGAUUUUCAGAUUAAUGGAUAUCGAACAUCACAAACGGACUAGUCUUUCAGGGCAUGAGAACCAUGGGGUUCAUCUGUGUCACAAAUGUGGUUGGCCCUUUCCGAACCCUCACCCAAGUGCCAAACAGAGACGUGCCCACAAGAAGAUUUGUGGAACCAUUGAGGGCUAUACCAUGAUUGAUUCAGGAGAUCAUUCUAAUUUGACUGUUUCUGAUGAUGAACACGACUCCGAUAAUGAUCGGCAGCAAUCCCUGAGUGAGAAUUCUGGUCCCAAAAUUGAGAAGAGGAUGACUAAGGAAUUCAGUAGAGGUGGAGUCGGUGGGAUAUCGAAUAGAUCAGAAGAAGAUGUGUUUUCAGAUGCUGUUACUGAAUUUUUGGAUACUGGGUUUGGUCCCGGUAGUGAAAAAGUUGUGGAGGGUGAUCAGGGCACUAACCAGCAAUUAAAGGUUGAUGCAACCACUGGUUUUGUUCAACUACCAAACACUUCAACAGAGAGAAGUCAAAUGCAUAACCCCAACAUUCUCGAAACUGCAACCAACCUGUUGGGAAGUGCCACACCCUCUGACGAUAUUGCAUUGAGCUCUCACUCUGAUUCGGUGAUAAGUUUUAAAAACAUGACUGAGGAACUUGCUGUUGGGAUCGGUGGUGUGAAUGGUUCAGCCGAUGAUUUCUGCCCUAGCAAAUCUGAAACAUUGACAGAUGCACCAAAAAAGCACAUGAAGGAAGAUAUUGGUGACCAUGCCAUGAAAUAUUCAACAGUUCCUCUUGAGCAUGAGACUGAUGUAAAGAGGAAUGAGGAAAGCAACGUGGAUAAAGUCCUAUCUGAUUUUUCUGUCACGCCCAGUGAAACUGCUACUGAAGCAUCUGAGGUGGCUUGCAAGUUACAGGAAAUGGAUCUAAAAAUUUCCGAUUCUGCAACAGAAAACCAAAUUGUGGAAUCAAAGGAAGAACAAAGUCAUGAAUUGGGACCCGCAAUUUCUCUAUGUGACCUCUCUCCUGAAGUUAAAUCUUUUGAACACAUUGAGGCUGUCAAGAAUAUUGAUGUUGGUAGUCAUGGUAAUUCAGUUGAGGAUUCCUACACAAAUGGGGAAGGGAAUGUAAAUGUCCAUGUGCUUUCAGUAGCUACUGAUAUACCUGUAAUAGACCAUGCAGAGAUUAUGAUCAAAGAUUUCAAAGACCAUACAGGAGUGAAAUCAAACCUUCCAUUACCUCUGGACUUUGGUGAAGUAAUUGAACCUGUGGUAGAUAAUAACCAAGAUAACAUUACACAGAAAGGCAGAGGGGAUGUUUUAGUUGCAGAAAUUGAAGGGCUAGCUAAAACUUCGGAGUUAAAGGUCAGCAGUGAAGUCCUCAGGCCCAAAGAUGUGGAAGCCCCUCCAGAGACAACCAAGAGUGGGACCCAGGAAAUUCAAACAGAUGCCCAUCUUGAAGGACAUCAACCUCGUGAUUUUCACAACGAUUCAUCGCAGGAGUAUCUGCCAGAGCCUACCAUAAGGGGCCUCUCGGCUGUGAUUCCUAUGCCUAUAUCUAUGGAUGAUAAAGUUGGUCAUUCAACCAACUUAAAAGGAGGUGUCAAUGCUGAUGAUCAUGAGAUGGAUAAACUUGAAAAAUGUGACACAGAUGGAAAAGCCAGCAGGGAAGUUGAUGAGAAAGAUGAUUUUUCUGUAACGAAAGCUGGUCAAAGUACCAACUUACUUGGAGCUGGUAAUAGCGGUGAGCAUGAAAAUGCUGGAAUUAAAAUUUCUGAUCUAGCUGGAAACGAAAGCAGAGGGGUGGCAGUGGAGGAAAAACCUGAAAUGAGCUCAGAACCAACCCUUGAAUCUGCAUGCAGACUCUCUGAACCCCAAAUUGCUGCAUCGGACAGAAUAGAUACUGCAACCACCACUUAUUUUGUUUCAAAUUCACGUGAAGUGGGUCCUGAUUCAAACCACUUGGGAAUUGUGGCACCAACUCAUUUUGAUUCACAAAAUUUCCAGGAUGAAGAUUCUCAAGAAGCCACAAAAAAACCCAACUACAGCAUUAAGAAUGAAGUACUGGCAGAGAGUGUUGGUGCCAAAUCAAAUCAUGAUGAUGAUGCUGAAAUAAUACAGAAAAUCUCAGAAAACCCCACAGAGCAUUUGCCUUUAGAGUCGGAAUAUACUAUGAAAAGUUCUGCUACAGUCGAAUAUAACCAUUGCGAGGAUGGUGAUCUGGGUGAUGAAAAGUUCACGAAACAACCAGUUGAAGUUUCUGCAGUUUACAUUUCCGUUGAUAGCCAAACUGAUAGUUUGGAAGGAAAUUGGGGUUCUGUUUCAGUGCUUUCCACCCAGUCAGAUGCACCAGCAGCCACGGAUGAACUUUCACCAUCAAAUGCUUCCCAAGCACCGGCACAAUCAGAGAAAGUAAACUUGCAAAAGCCCCAAACUACUUCAGAGGGACACUAUUGUAACCAAUCAGAUGUUUUUGAGGCCCCUUCUUUCAUGACAUCGGUUGAACGCGGAAAUGGUGGGGUUGACAAGAAAGGAGCUUCCCUGGACAUCCAGAUGGGGCAGAACACUCGACAGCCCAAAUCUGAAGCUUUACAAGGAAAGAAGAAAAAUGAAGAGAUUAUUGCCAAGGUAACAAACUGGAGCGCCGGGAAACAACAACACACUCCUUUGAAAACCCUUCUGAGUGAAGCCAAAUCAAAGUUGCCUAACUCGAACCAAACCGUGAAAACUGUGGUUAAGAAAGAUGAAAACGCCACAAAAAUCAAUGAUGCCUCGGAAACUAGUGUGAAUUCACUUGUGGAUCGUGAAGAUCCGACUGAGAUUAAGAAAGAGAAGAGGAAAGUCAAGGGGAGACCGUACUGGGUACCAUUUGGAUGUUGUUCUUCAGUGAAUUAGGUGUGUUGUAAGUCCUUUGGCUAGCGACCGAGAGAGAUUGAUAAUUGAGAUGCAAUCGGGCAGUAAAUUUAGUGAAGAUUGUGCAGGUGAAGUAUGGCUAAUGUCUGUUGAACUGCAAAAGUACUUGUGUGGUAUUAUCACUAUUAGCAGUUAUUGUACAGAUU